AUGCAUUUAUCAGCAGUAUCAAGCAUUGAAGUGAAAUUCACAGAAGAGAACAAAAUAGAAAACAGCUUUGAAGGCACAGAGUCAAUGCUUAUGCCUGAGUGUCUUCUACAGAAGACAGAUGUGAAUCAUUUACCAGGGACUGCAAAUCAAAGAAGAAAAACUAUUACAAGAGGAGAAAUGAAAGGAUCUCCAAAGGAAUAUCCUCCUCAACUUAAGGAAAUUGUCUGUGAAACUUUCCCACAGCAGAAGAGUGUGAGUCAUUUAGCUGUGUCUACACAUCGUAGAAUAGGAGGCAAAGCAACCACAGAAACAAAAGAAUUAUUUUUCCAGGCUAUUUCUGAAUGUCUUCCACAGAGAAGCAACAUAGAUCAUUUACCUGCAAGUGAACAGCAAAGAAAAGAAAAUAUGACAAAUGGUGAAAAAGAAGGUGGCAAUGUCUCCAAAUGGGCCACUUCUGAAGAUAAUAAUAUAGGCCAACCUGAGACAACUGUGAAGAAGAGCGAAGCAAAGAUAAGCUUGGGGGCUGUGGAGUCAUCAAGGACACUUAAACAAAACAGGAAGACAAGACUCAGCAACAAGAAGGACACCGUAGAAAGGCCAUCUUAUGGCAACACUGCUGCUGCUUUUGGUGGUGAUGGUGAUAACACAGCUGCUAUUUCUGAUACUGGUAUAAGAAAUGGAUUCAUCCAACAAAUGCAUUGUGGGAAGGCUCGAAACCAUCAAUUCCCUGUUACACGAAAAAAGCAUGUUAGACUGACUAAGGAAACGUCCAGAGAAAAGAAUAAGGCUCUAAAGUACGUGGAUGCUAUGGAUGACCACCAGUUAUCUGAAUCACUCUCUGAGGAUUAUGAUUUGCCUGGUUAUGACAAUAUAUUGAUGAUAGUUGACCAACUUCAAAUGAAGUAUAAAGAUUCUGGAAAACCAUUGGAAUUCCAGGAUGCAGUUCUAUUAUAUAAAAUGAUGCUCGAACAUAAUCAAAGUCACUCAGAAUUGCUUAUCAAAAAACAUAAUAACAAGAGAAACCAAGGUCACAGAGUGAUGAAGAAACCACGAGAAACAGAAAAAGCAAAACUGCAGCUCAGUUUCAGAAGUGAAGAGCAGCAACUCAACCUCAUGGAUGUGGGAUCGCCGGAAAAACAAGAAGUGCAGCAAAGAAAUGCUGAUGGUUGGUAUGAAAACAUGAAGAAACAAUUAACUGAAAAGGACCAACAAUACGAAAGAGAAAAGCAACAACUUGAACUGCGCCUUAGAGCACAGGAUAUGGAGUUGCAGCAUCUCAGAAAUGAUAUAAAUAAGUUGCAAGAAACACAGCAUCCAGAGACAGAGGCUGGACACGGUGACAGCAUGACAAAGGGACACCUGCAAAAGGUUGAACAUGAAGUUUCCAAGUUAGUAGAAAUCAUCAAAAAGCAAAAUGAGACCAUAGAACAGCUUGAGCGAAAACUAACAAGUGAAGAUAAGACAUUGGCAGGAACUGACCAUCUGACACAAGCGGGACGAGAUUUCUUCAGUGCUUUCAGAGAAAUGUAUACUACUUCAGUAAUGAGCCAGUUGGAACUCAGAAUUCAACAUCUGGAAAGGGAAUUCUCUGAAAUGAAGACCCGAACAUGUGAGAAUGUUAUGGUGCUGGAAAACUAUGUCAAACUUCAUCAGUCACAUAAGUUGAUGGAGACUGAAGGGAAGAUGAAGGAGGUCAUGACCCAGUUUGCCGUGCUGACUCAGCACAACACAGCGUUACUGAACUUGCUGAGCUCCAUAUUUGCCUCUGAGUGUCCCUGCAAGGCAACUUUUCAUAGAAGAUCGGGAAGCCUCUUUACCCAAGAGAACAUGUUGACUUCCACAUCAGGUCCACAGCCUGCAAAUCAGUCCGUCACAGCCCACCCAGAUGUGCCUGCGGAUGACAAAGAUGAUUCCAAUAAAGCACUCACCAAGUCGAUUCUGUCUCCACAAUCUGAGCCGCAUCAAGAGAAGAAGAAAUGUCUGGAAUCAGCUAAGGAGAAAAUGCUAAGGAAAAAAUGUUUUAAACGAACAAAAACAUCAACUGUGUAUGAAAAUAGAGAGCAUAGUUUCUCUGAAGUUUCAAACACCAGGCAAUUUGAAAAGAACAUUCCAACUGAUGAACCACAGCAUGAGAUAAUAAGAGAAGAUCAAGAAACUCUUGAUAACAUUCCAGGGAACCACAAUGCCUUGAGCAUAAGUCCAUGGGAAUUCAGAUGUACAGAUCUGGAAUCUGAACGCUCGGAAGAAAGAACUCAUCCAGCCUUCUUCUGUAUAGCUGAACGGGAAGAGUAUAAGGAUCCCUAUCUAGAAUGGGCAGCAAUGACACAUUCAUCACCCCAGGGACAGCUAAGGUCUAAGGGCAGACAAGAUGGGUCCAUGAGGAGGAACUUUAAUAAAAUGGAAGCUUAUACUUCUACAUCAAACACGUGCAUGAUGAGCUCUGGUCCAGAGUUCAGACCUGGACGACUCUACAACAGUUUCGGGUAUAGCAGAAAUUUCCUGCAAAGAGAACCCUUGAGGACAACCUUGAGGCCACAGACCUUUGAGAAUUCAUUGAGCUUCCCAAGCAGGGUAAGAGAAGAAAAUCAGCAAACUUCUUAUGACAAAGUAGGACAUCAUAAUGCCUCAUGCGUAAAGCCACAGAAAGCCACACUUUCAACCCUGCAGUCCAAACACCCAGAAGUAACUCAGCAAGCCUCAUAUAAGGCAGAACCAAAACGCUGUGAGGAGCCACAUCCUGAAAGGAUAGAGAUGACAAAGCCAUUAACUUAUGACCAACUAAAGUCUAAGGACAGGCAAGAUGAGUCCGUGAGGAGGAACUUUGAUAAAAUGGAGGCUUAUAGUUCUGUGCCAGACAUGUACACACCGACAAGCCCUGCUCCAGGGUUUGGAUCUGGACAACACUACAUCAAUUUGGAACACAGCAGAAGUCUCAGGCAAAAAGAAGCCGCGACGGCAAGCUCCAGGCCGUGGCGUUUUGUGGAGAGUCUGGAUAGCUACCUAUGGCGGAAGUCUUACAAAUAUUAUUUGAAUUUUUGCAGACAUGGCACCAAUUAUACGACCACUACUAGAGAAGACAAAGAUGUGCAAAUCCCUAUGACGAACUUAGAUUUGAGACAUCGUCAGAACAAUGACGUACUAGAAAUAUCUCUUAGUCUCUUGUGGAAAGGAGGGGUUGAUAUUUAUGAGCUGCGUAUCCAGGAUGUAAAUGAUAAAAGACUAUAA